UUCUCCAUAGAUCCAAUAUAAAUAGUCACCAAUGGAAAGAUCGUUAUUCAGUUUAUUCGCAAGAACUCGUUUGUGCUGUUGUAAUUGCUCCAUCAAGAAUUAUAGAAAUAUUAGCCAAACUGUAAACUAUUGUACUUUUUUACGGGAAGUUAAAUUAGUUAAAGUCAAAAUGAAGAUCGAGACAUUUCACGACGUUCGUAAAAGACGACUUAGUAGGACAUGUAGUGAUAGUGAAAGGCUACUUCGAGCUGCUAAUGGCGAUCAAAGGAUCAGCACCAUGGCCACCAUAAUCGAUGGCAAGAAAAUUUCACAGGACAUACAGUCAGAACUUAAGGAAGAAGUUAGCGAAUGGAUAGCAAAAGGCAAUCGAAAACCGCACCUAACUGCAGUAUUAGUAGGUGAAGAUCCCGCCAGUGAAAUAUAUGUACGAAAUAAGAUGACGGCCGCCAAGAAUGUUGGCAUCGACAGUGAAACAAAACGUCUUCCUCCCACCAUUAGCGAGGACGAUCUCCUCGCCGAGAUAAAAAAACUUAACGAAGAUCCCAAUGUAGAUGGGAUAAUAGUACAACUACCUGUUCCGCCUCACAUUGAUGAGUAUAAAGUAUGCAAUGCAGUAUGCCCACAAAAGGAUGUAGACGGCUUCAAUGAAGUCAACAUUGGACGACUAUGCUUAGAUGUAGGACACUUAAUUCCAUGUACACCGCUAGGGGUGUAUGAAUUAUUGCGUAGGUACAAAAUAGAUACAUUUGGAAAGAAUGCCGUAGUCGUUGGACGGUCAAAGCACAUUGGAAUGCCUAUGGCAAUGCUCCUUCACACGGACGGAAAACUCGGUCAUCUUGGGCUAGAUGCCACCGUCACGAUAUGCCAUCGAUACACUCCCCCUGAAGAACUGAAAAAACACUGUCUGCAGGCAGAUAUUAUUGUUGUUGCGACGGGAAUACCACAUUUAAUUAAGGCGGACAUGGUAAAGCCAGGAGCUUGUGUAAUUGAUGUGGGAAUUACCAGAAUAAAGGACCCAGAAGGAGGGAAGGAUAAAUUAGUUGGCGAUGUAGAUUUUGAAAACGUUAAAAAAGUGGCGGGCUCCAUUACGCCUGUCCCCGGUGGUGUUGGUCCAAUGACUGUUGCGAUGUUACUCAAAAAUACUCUCUUAGCGGCAAAACAUGUAAACAACUAAACAGAAAACUGCAUUUCAUACAUUGCAGCAUUGCAUCCGAUAAAGUAUUAAGUUACUGACAAACCUUGAACAUCCAACAAACUGGGAAAUCAAACCGAAUUUUGCCUUACAAUAAUUAUUUAAAUAAAAACAU